CCCCCGCAGACCCUCGCUGAGGACUGUGCGUUGGAGGGGAUAGCUGUCGGCCCCUGUGACGACCUUGAUUUCAUGCCGUAGUCUCUUGGUGAACGCCGGAUCAACCAGACUGGCCUUGAAACUUUUCGUCGUGGCUUCUUUGAAUUCCUGAGAAUCAAAAAAGGCAAUUCGCGUACAUCCGCUACUUGCCCGUACGAGAACCAAGAAUUGUACGCCGCGGCUAGUCAUUCGUUGGCUGGCCGUCUUUUGCCAGAAGCACACGGACCUGGCCGGCGCUUAAGGUAGAAAGACGAACAGGUCCGCUUUGGAACGACAGUUAAUAAUGGCGGCCGAAAACACACCUGAACUUUUGGAUCUCACGAUCGACAACAUCACGCCGAACACGGUCCGUAUCAACUCGCAAAGCAGCGAUGCGCGCCUCAAGUAUCUCAUGGAGCGGUUGGUCACGCACCUCCACGACUUCGCGAGGGAGACGCGGCUGAGCACCGAUGAGUGGAUGGCGGCCCUUAAUUUCCUUGUCGGGUGUGGGCAGAUUAGCAGCGAUGUGCGACAUGAGUUCAUCCUUCUCUCCGACAUUCUGGGCCUCUCGUUGUUGGUCGACAGCAUCAAUCACCCCAAGCCGUCUGACUCGACCGAGGGCUCGGUUCUGGGUCCCUUCCACACACAUGACGCGCCGACGCUGCAGAACGGUGCAAACAUGUCUGGAGAUCCCGAGGGCGAGCCGCUGCUGGUGAUUUGCACCGUCAAGGAUCGACAGGGUAACCCCGUUGCCGGGGUCAAGAUUGAUAUCUGGGAGACGGAUAGCAGUGGACACUACGACGUGCAGCAUGAGGAGAGAACAGAGGCAAGCGAGCGUUGCGUCAUGAUUUCGGACAAAGACGGCCGGUUCUUCUUCCAAGGGAUCAAGCCUGUGAGCUAUCCGAUCCCACACGACGGGCCAGUCGGUAAACUAUUGCAGCUGCUGGGUCGUCAUUGCUGGCGGCCGGCACAUCUGCACUUCAUGUUCCAGAAGGAGGGUUGGGAUCACUUGAUCACCGCACUCUACAUUCGAGGAGACCCGUAUGAAAAAUCAGAUGCCGUAUUUGGCGUCAAGAAGAGCCUCGUGGUGGACCUCGACAAGGUGGACAAAGUGACGGCAGAGGAGUACAAGGUCAAGGAGGGCAGCUGGUUGCUGAAGCAGGACUUUGUGUUGGUCUCGAAGAAGGAGACGGAGGAGCUGCGGGACCGGAACGCCGUCGAGGCACUGAAAAAGCUGGGUUUGACGCAUUUGAAGCUCGUGGACCACUUGCCUGUGCCUGAGCUGGAUUGAUGUGUAGUUUUGGGUCUGUUGACUAGCGGUAGCGAUGGGACCUUGACCGCAUCAUCUCGCGGAAAAGAAUACGAAUGAUGAUUCGAGGAACGC